GCGGGUCCCACUCCCCUGGUGCCACCUUUUUUUGUCUUCAUCUUCUCUGCCUCUUUCAUUUUCAUAUCUCCCUCUACUUUUCUCCCUUCCAUCGAAAAUGGUUUGGGUUAGGGAUUCACUCUUGGCCCUUGCAAGUUUUGUAACCUUAAUGAUCGCAGCUUCCCAUUUUCUUCUAGUUCAGGACAGCAACUGGGCCAACGGACCUUCUCGAACAGCUCGAGCAAGGAUUUUUUGGUUCGUGUUUGGCUGUUACAUCUGUAUUUUGUUUGUAGUUGUCAAAUGGAAUAGGAAUGUAAGGAGGUUGCUUCGAUUUGAAAUCCCUGAACCCAUAAUCCUUUACUAUGGUUUUGUGUUUAACAUUCUGCUAUCUGUCGCAUUUCCUGAACAAACACUACUUGAUAUCGUAAUUUGUUCUCUUCUAGCUUAUUCACUGUUCUCUCUCAUAGAAAUAGUACAACCCACAAUCAAUUUGGGAACGUUGGGCUUGGUGUUGUCUGUGCUUUCCUACAAAGUUUGCGUAACUGACACUCUUUGGAUAUGGAGGGUCCUAUUUGGCUUACAAUGCAUCAUGUUACCAUUGUGGUUUUGGAUGGUAACAAGAACAAAGAGAGACGAUGGCACAGAGGACACAACUGGGAGAGAAACUGAUGAUCAUGAUGGUGGAGGAGUACAGGUCAUUGAUCUAGAUGAACCAGAAAGACGACCAGCACCAGUAGCCCGUGAAAUACAGACAACUGGAAGCAGCACUGUUGAUGACGAUGGAGGAGAUCAUAUCACUGUUGUAGAUGAAGAGGUACCCCUUGGAAUCCCGACAGCGGCUAGAAGAAAUGUUGUUGAUGAAGCAGGAAGACCAGCACAAAUGGCAACAAAUGAAGGCAUAGUUCUUCCUCUUCACGAGGCUGAAACAGGUGCACAAAUGCCUGAGAUUGGUAGACAGGAACUUCGGGCCAUUAUUUUUUAUGAGCGGAGAGAUGCCGUUAUCAAUGUGCGCAUUGGUGUUCUGAGAGAUGUUGUUGAGGAAAUGAGAGAUGCAAUCGUCGGCAGCACAGAGAGAAAUGUUGCUGCUGAUGAGGUGGAGAGGGAUGCUGCUGAUGAGGAAGUGAGUGAUGAGGAAGUGAGAGAUGUUGUCGCUCAGGGUGUGACUGAUGAGGUAGAGAGAGAUGUUGCCACUCAGGUUGCUGAGGUAGCAAGAGAUGCCACUAUUGCUGAGGCUGUUACCAGAUAUGUUAUGACAGACCUUAGCAUACAGAUCCCUGAUGAUGAGGGCAUAGUUCCACCUCUCCAAGAGGACCAAAUUGUUGAGUGCAAACCAUUGGUUGAUCAAGGGAUAGAUAGCAGAGGCGGUAGUGAUGACAAAGGUACUGAGGGCAUGGUUCCUCCUCCACAAGAGGACCAAACUAUUGAGGACAAACAUUUGGUUGAUCAGGGAAUAGAUAAUGCAGGCGGCAGUGAUUGCAAAGGUACCAAGGGCAUUGUUCUUUCUCCCAAAGAGGACCAAAAUGUUGAGAGCGAACCUUCAGUUGAUCACCAGGAGAAAGAUAUUGAGGGCGGCAGUGGUGAAUCUGGUCAGAGAGGUCGGGAGAAUCCGGAUGGUUCAAAGUAAUCUCUCUCUUAUAUGUCUUCAAUUUGUUGUGGGUUGUCUGGUUAGGAAGAAAAUUACAAAAAAACUAAAUAGUGCGUGGGUUUUUAGCAUGAGGUUUUAUUUACUUGUUUGAUGAGUAGAGUAUCUGGUAGUAAGCUAGCUGGUUAGGAUUCCAACAUAUAUGGACUUGAUGAAAUGUUGCGUUCAGGCUUUCAUGUUAUUUUUUGCUUGUGAUGCAAUGCAAGAGCUUAUAUGGAGUAUUCCUUUGCCACAAGACUCCAACAGCUGGACUAUCCUUCCUGUUCAUAUGUGACUGGGGAAAGCCAUUGGAUUGGGACCCCUUUUUAUAACGGAAAGAAUAAAAAACAUCUUUCCUA